GAAGAGGAGAAAAGAACAUUAUGACCGUUACUUUCAGGUAAGGAUAGUAGAGUGGAGGCUCCACCAUAAGAGAAUAAUUGGCCUAUCUAUAUGAGCCACGUUUCUCUUUACUGGACCACCAGCGUUGAGGGGUCCAAGGUUUUAGAUAUUAUGUAGGCUGUUUCAUAGGAUUCCUGUCUCUCUCCCUAAAACAAUUUUCAAUUUUAAAAUCUCCCUUUCUAGCCGUUGACAUCAUUCUCUCCUCUCUCUCUCUCUCUCUCAUUCAAGCAAAAAGUAUCACAGCUGUGCUGCAUCUUCUAGUUAAAAUUUGCAGGUUAAUGAUCCCGAACCGUCUUUGAAUCAUUCGUCGUAUCUCUUCUUACCCAGAUCAGAUUCUGAGUACAAGAUUGGUGCAUAAUGAAGGGACUGAAAGGGAAGUUAUUGAAGAAACUGAAAUCAGUCAAUCCCCCUCAAAUUGGGUACUUGAAGCCAGAUCGAAUCCUUCACGUCAAUCCAGCAGAUGGGUUCGUUGAGUUUCUUCCGAGGAGUUUUAGUUUCAAACCUCAGACCCUUUUUUCUACAAGGGAAGAACCAGAGAAGCCGAAAGAGGAAAAACAGAGUACCAUUGAAGUUCAAGAACUCGACAUUGUCGAUGUAGCAGAGCUAAUAAAAGAUCUUGAAGAUGAGAAAAUGGAAUUUGAAGAAGAAAGAAGCAAUAAAGAGAAUACUGUAAUUUCGAGAAAAAUGGAGUCCGAUACUUGUCCACAAACACCCUUGUCGGAGAUUGACAUCUCAUCUUUUCGGCGGCCGGAUUUGAACUCUGGCAGCCUCUUUGAUCCCAAUUUACUGGCUGCGUUUGAGCAAGCCGUGAAAGAGCAUGUUAGGAUGAGUGAAGCAGCACGAAAAGUGAGAAAAGAGCAAUUGAAACUUGAGAAAAACAGAGAAGAAGAAGCAGAGAGAAUUGUAAAAUUAGAAGCAAUGGAUCUAAAUAAGGAGAACAAGCCCCCCACAAAGGCGUGUCGAGUCGAGGAAGAAAACCCAUUAUCAGUCUUUGAAGAGAAGUGCCCUCCAGGGGGUAGUGAAGCAGUAAUUUUCUACACAACAACACUUCGAGGGAUUCGGAAAACAUUUGAGGAUUGUAGCAGAGUUCGGUUCCUUUUGGAUAGUUUUAGGGUAUCAUUUUACGAGAGGGACGUGUCGAUGCAUACAGAAUUUAAGGAAGAGUUGUGGAAGAUUUUGGGUGGUAAAGCAGUUCCUCCGAGGUUGUUUAUAAAAGGAAGGCACAUUGGAGGAGCUGAAGAGGUUUUAGGAUUGCAUGAACAGGGGAAGCUCAGAUUGUUAUUUGAAGGGAUUCCGAUUAAUCGAACUGAUAGUCCCUGCAAAGGAUGUGCAGGAUUCCGGUUUAUUCUGUGCUCCAACUGUAAUGGCAGUCACAAGGUAAUUGCAGACGAUGAUGGGUUGUCUAGUAAAUGUGAAGAGUGUAAUGAGAAUGGCUUGAAAAUAUGCCCCAUUUGUUGCUGUUGAUGAUGCAUAGAAUUCAUGGUUUUUGGCUUA